AGCGGAUGUAGCAGCAGCAGUCUACAGUAAAUCGGCAACCAUGUAGCGUUGAGAGCAGAAAUACCUUCUCGCGACGUGCUAAAGAAAAAUGUCGCCAUAUUCAUUCAUGUCGUCAUAAAGUUAUAGUGUAUCAAAAUGUGUUUGUGGAGAUAACUGGACGCUCGGACGGAAAUUAAGAGGCGAGGGGGUCGAGUGUGAAAGCGAAGCCUGUUCCAGAGGCACUAUCUAUCUGCCUGCCUGGACGUGUGGAAGGAGACGUCGGGCUACUCUUCAUGUGUUAACUACCUUGGCGUUUAUCAGCCGUCUAAAUGUCUGCACUUGUCCGGUUCAGCGGACUGUAGACUCGGGGGAAGGGCGUGUAACGCUAACGGAUACCGGGGUUUGUAGUUUCAUCAGGUCUGGCUCUCCGCGUUACCGCCCCGUUUUUUCCUCUCUUGUAGUAAGGCUCCAGCACGGUCAGGAGAAGGGACCGUUUUUGGCUUUGGACUUUAACCAAAACCUACUGACAUCAUGGGGAAUACCACCUCCUGCUGCGUGUCCUCCAGCCCCAAACAAAGGAGGAACAACCACUCCAGGCUGGAGCCCUACCGGCCGGAGCCGGAGCUGAGCCGGGAGGACACGGGCUGCAACCUCCAGCACAUCAGCGACAGAGAGAAUCUAGACGAUCUGCCAAUGGAGUACAAUCCUUCAGAUCAUCCCCGGGCCAGCACCAUCUUCCUCAGCAAGUCACAGACUGACGUUGCUGUGCCCAACAAGAGAGUUCGAGAAAAACGGAAGAGCCUUUACAUCAACCAUUUCACACACAUUUCGGAGAACAAGCAUCAUCCAGGCCCGGUGAGACGGAAGUACAGCUCGUGUUCCACCAUAUUCCUCGAUGACAGCACUGUCAGUCAGCCCAACCUCAAAUACACCAUCAAAUGUGUCGCCCUCGCAAUAUACUACCACAUAAAGAACAGAGAUGUCGACGGAAGAAUGUUGUUAGACAUUUUCGAUGAGAAGCUGCACCCGCUCUCGAAGUCUGAACUCCCUCCUGAUUAUGAGAAACACGACCCUGAGCAGAAGCAGAUCUACCGCUUCGUCAGGACGCUGUUCAGUGCUGCACAGCUCACCGCUGAGUGUGCCAUUGUCACAUUGGUGUAUUUGGAGAGGCUGCUGACCUACGCUGAGAUUGACAUUUGCCCUGCCAACUGGAAGCGAAUCGUGCUAGGAGCAAUCCUCCUGGCGUCCAAGGUGUGGGACGACCAGGCGGUCUGGAACGUCGACUACUGCCAAAUUCUCAAGGAUAUCACUGUGGAGGACAUGAAUGAGCUGGAGCGUCAGUUUCUGGAGCUGCUGCAAUUCAACAUCAACGUGCCGUCCAGCGUCUACGCCAAGUAUUACUUUGACCUGCGCUCCCUGGCUGAGGCCAACAACCUCUGCUUCCCCCUGGAGCCCCUCAGCAGGGAGAAGGCCCAGAAACUAGAGGCCAUCUCACGGUUGUGCGAUGACGUGUACAAGGACUUGAGGAAACAAGCCAAGAAGCGGUCAGUGAGCGCAGACAACCUGACGGUGGUGCGGUGGUGUCCAGCCAUCAUUUCCUAACACUGGCCGCCUGCAGCACCCAGAUACACCUGUCAGACAUAAUGUACUGUAUUUCUGCCUGGUAAGCAGGCACACCAGGUGGGCAGCAGUCCUGUGGAUCAGUACACACACACACACACACACACACACACACACACACACACACAGCCACUUUUACAAGUGUGAUUGCACCCUCUCUGGUUGUUGUACAUAAAAGAAGUCCCACUGGCUGCCUGCACUGAACCAAACAGAGCUGAGCUGAACCAAACUGAAGUGUGUGAGUGUUGGAAUGAGCUGCAGAAGAAGAGGCCAAACAGAAACACAGUUGGCAAUAUAUGAGAGACUGUGUGAACUUGAGGAAAGAGAAUAGGAACAAGCUUAUGCGACAACAGCGUCCCAUAAUUCCCUCUGAAGCUCCACUCGCUUGUACGGUUAAUGGAGGGAGGCCGUGUACAUUCCUUUCAUUUUAAUCUUCUGGUUCAGUCACUUUCUGAGCUGAAGCAUGAGAUGAUUUUUUUGACAGCUUACAGGCACAUUUACAAUUUAUAAUUCCUCAAUUUGUUUCAGUGUUUUUUUGGUGUUUAUCUGUUUUUCUUGCAUUCCCAUCCAGCAGAAAGCUCUGCAGGCAGAUCCAAGCAAAGCAAAGACAUGUACAUUCCACUGGUGGACUACACAUCAUCAUGUUCAUUUACAUUGUAGCCAGUUAAUUAAAGUUCUCAUUAAGAGAGCUACCAGUUACAAUUUCUCCCACAGCACCAUUCAGACACAGCUGCUCACUUAAAGCAAUAUCCAUGCAUUGCUCUGUUGUUGUGGUUAAAUACAGUGAUGAAGCAUGCAUACAUGGGAGAAGACUGACUGGAAGACAGUGGCUCUCAGUCAGGCGUGAGACAUACUGUAGAGCUUAUGUUGUACUUAAUUCACUGCCAUUGUCCUGACCUGUGGUGCCUGUAAUAAGCUAGUUUAACACUUCUCCCCUUUCUACUGGAGGAAUAGAACAAAUAACUCAAGUAUUUUUUCUUUAACAUUUUGUAUGGUUCUUCCAGCUUACAAAGAAAACAGCACAAAUGGAAUAAUGACAUUUAGGAGCCACUAAACGCAUGAUUCUUCAGGGUGUUGUUUGUUGGAGAGGACCCAAAUGAAUGAAAAAGAUUCAAACACUGCUCACAAAAAGAUAGAUUGUAUACAUUUUGCUAAAUUGUUUCUGUACAGUGUAAAUACAGUGCCGGUGUGCAAAAUCUGUAGGUCUUACUGUAAAAAAAGAAAAAAAACAUGAUGUUAGAAUAUUUAUAUUGGGUCAGUUUUUACUGUACAUGAGGAAGAUGGUAAAUAUGUUGGAUUCCUUGUUCCUAUGACAAAUCAAGUAAAGACAAAGUGAAGUAUUAAGAUUUCAAUGGGAGACACCACUUCAGUUUUUCUGUCUGUUUUCUUGUUACAAUGUUUUCACACUGCAGAAAAUGCCAAGUUUUUAUUUGUUACAUACUGUAUAUGGUAUAUAGAUAAAACAAGACAAUUCAUGCUUUUUUUUAGGAUUUGUUGUCAUUUUAAGAUUUUUUUAACCCCACUGUGGAAGCGAUGCCAGAUUCAUGUUCUUCAGCAAUGAUGCUUGUUUUUUUAUGAAGCCCCAUAACUAAUACAUCACCAUGACUACAUCAAUAAAUAGUAUUGUUAAUUAAAUCUUUUUAAAUAGAGUGUGAAAGAGCUAUAAAGCUUAAAGUUUUCUUUAGCCUCCAAGCAGUUGGUUAACAACCAAAAAACAUUUUAUGUUUUUUUUAUCUUCAGUCAGCCGAACUUAAUUUUUCUCUUCUCUAUCUUUCACUAGCACAUUUUAUUUUUUGGUCUUGGCCCACAUUAAAUAAUUUAUCUAGUCCCCUUUCCUAGAGCAGCAUUUCCUUUUUCCUCAAAACAUUGUCAUUUUUCCGUUUUAUAGCUCUUUUAUAAUGUUGGUCUGUAGGGAAAAUGCUUCUUGGGCUGCGGGGGAUAUUUUCUCUUGCAGUACUGCAAAGCCCCCUGGGACAAACUGGCAGAAAGUCUCAGUCUAAAGAGUCAUUGUGAAGCUCAGUGUUGUGAGUCUGGCCGUUGGCAUCCUUGUGCCCGACUCCGCCUAAUUCCAAUCCAAAAAUGGGCAAAGAGGGUGACGAUGGGUGAAGCUGAAACUCAGCACCUGGCAUAGCCAAGGUUAUAAUAGUUUUUGAUUUUGGAUUUCAUUGUGAUUUUUUGUUUCCAAAUUCAGUUAGUUUUAAUUAGUUUUUAGAGUGAGUUUUAAUUCGUUUUUUUAUUUUUUGGAAAAUGCUUAGUUUUAGUUUAGUUUUUAUUUGUUUUAGUUUUUUUGUAAUGGGGUAUUUGUUGGGUGCCAGCUAAAUAAGUAAAUGUCUCCUCUAUUUCCUUUGUCUGAUCCAUCUCAGCCCCAAUAACUUUAUUAAGUCAUAAAACCAGAUAGAUGAAAUAGAUUUCAUAUCAACUUAAAAGGUUUAUGAAAAAAGUUGACAAAGACGAAAACGAAGGACAUUUUCAAUAUAAUUUUAGUUAGUUUUGUAACCACAAAAUACAGUUUCAGUUAGUUAUCGUUUUUUAAAAAACUUGUUUUUAUUUUUAUUUCAGUGAACGAAAAAAAAAUUAAAUUCUAGUUUUUCAUAUUUCGUUAGUUUUCGUUAACUAUAAUAACCUUGGUCACAGCACCUGCCUGUCACCUAAAGUGGCACCUAAUCAUUCAUAACUUUAACCCUUAAUAUAAUUUUAACAGAUUAAUUUGAUAAUAUUCACCCCCCUGAACAACUGUCAUGAACCAGGAAAUGAAACUAAAGACUAUAAAAACUGAAACCAUUUUUGUUUGAGACUGUAAACAUGUUUAUUUCUGCUUUUGGAGCCAGCCUCAAGCGGCCGAUCGAGGAACUGCAGUUUUGGGCACUUCCACAUUGGCUUCAUUUUUCAGCCGUUUAGGUUGCUACUUGUUAAAAGCAUUUGUUUUUUCUCCUUCCACUUAAUUAAUUUUUCUAUUGUUUAUCUUUCCUUUACUUCUUUCUUUUUUUCUUUUUCCUCACAACAUUUUCAAUUCUAAACGUCACUUGGAGGUUAGAGAAAAGUUCUAAAGCUUUAUAUUUAUUUUAUUAAACUAACAAUAUUAUUUAUGGAUGUGUUAAGUUACUUCUUUGUCUGUUCUGACAACCUUUUCCAACAACUUGGAAAUUCCAAGGUUCCAUCCUUUCUAGCAUUUACUGGAAAUAAGUUCAGUUCCUGAUUUGCUCUUUUCUUGACAUUUCUUAAAUCAGAAAUAGGAGAAACUACAGGGAUGUAGUAGAGGAUAAACCUGUAAAAUCACUGAGUUUAUUGUAAAUUAAGUAAUUAAUUUCUCACACAUAAACGGGUUGAUAAGUGUGAAUAAAUGCUUUCAUUAUAUAAACUUUUGCCUUAUAAUCAACUGGAAUCACUGUCCUCCACUACAUCAUUGAAUCAACAGUAAACUGUUAACUUACUUAAAAAUACCACGAUUAACCUGGAAAUGUCUGGAAAAGGCACAAAAAUAUCUUUCUAAAUCAUUUUUCUUCCUAACAAAAGGUCCGAUGAAGGUAAAAGCUCUGAAUAAAGCCUCUAGCUUAUUUUGUGCAUUUCACUGGCAACUCCCACGUCUGUGAUUUAACUUGUUGUUUGUCAAACUAAUAGAGAAUCAGUCAGUGGGUUAGUGAGAUUUCCAACCCUGAGCAGCAGGUGUGAGAAGGGACAGAAGCGUACCAAAGUGAUGGAGAAAUGAAGGACGAUCCUGUUGGACAUGUCCAGCCCACUUGCACAUGAAGUAUAUAAAAGGUGUUGGGCCUUGGAGGGAGAGCUGUUGCUUUGCAUGGUGCUUUUGAAUGAGUGGAAAAUAAAGUGUCUUUAGGAAGGUAAUGCGCUACAAAAAAGGUGUGUCUAAAAACAAGAUAAAACACUAAAUCUGAGGGAAAUGAUCUUGCUGCAUGGACAGAUAAUUUACCUUGACAAGAUUUCUUAAAUUAAGAUUGUUAAAUCUAGAAAUGAGCAUGUUGAACGCUUAAAAUAAGAAAUCAACUCUUAACCCUUAAUAGGGCACUCAUUGAAAUACUUAGAGAAAUAACCCUAGAGAAUAUUGGAGGAUAUUACAUACAGCAAGAAUAACUGGAAAAUCUACGAGAAAAAAUGUGCAGAUUUAAGAGAUUUAAAGUGGUGAAUCUGCGAGAAAAAGUUGCAGAUUUACGAGAUUAAAAAUAGCAGAUUCUCAUAAAUCUGCUAGUAUUGCAACAAAUUGCCACUUUUAAUCUCGUAAAUCUGCAACUUUUUUCGCGCAGAUUUGCCACUUUUAAUCUCUUAAAUCUGUGACUUCUUUUCUUGUAGAUUUGCCACUUUAAUCUAGUAAAUUUGCAACUUUUUUCUCGAAAUAUUAUGAAAUAAAUAUUUUUUUUAUCUUGGUAAGAAACAAAUAAUUUGCAGUGCACUCUGCUCGGGCCAGUUCAUCGCUGCUUGCAGCUUUAAUUGAUCUUGUUUUAAGAGUUAAUUUCUUAUUUUACGUGUACAACAUGCUUAUUUCUAGAUUUAACAAUCGUAAUUUAAGAAACCUUGUCAAGUGAAAUUAUCUGUCCAUGCAGCAAGAUCAUUUCCCUCAGAUUUAGUGUUUUUAUCUUGUUUUUAGACACACCUUUUUUGCAGUGUGUGACUGGGGUUGCUGUUGUGAGUUCAAACUAUUAGAGGUAAUCAAAGAUUGUAUAUCCUAUUUAUUGUAUGUUUGUGCAUACAGCCCAGUCUGGUGUUGAUGCCAUGUGGUCUACUAUGGUGAGGUGGAACAUUUAGUCCGACAGCAGAGAGCCUUGGCGUCCUGUCGGCUGGUCACUAGGUGUGUGUCAUAGCCUCGUGCACUGAACUCUACCUCUGCAUAGAGUUUUACUUUUCAUUUUUCUUCCUCUCUCGGACGACAAUUUUUAGAUUUCACACACUCAGCUUUGAUCAUUCGUGUUCUAACAGUCAACUGCUGUAGCUGUGACAUUUUUUUCCUUUUACAUUGAUUGAUAUUUUCAACAUGUGCUGUAUUCUGUUGUUAUUGUUGUUACUGUCGGUAUAUUAUUUUCUUUUUCAGUGAGUCAGUCAUUCUGUUCCUGUUCUCAGUGUGCCAAAUCUCUCUUUUUUCUGUAUGUUUUCAACUAUGAUUUAAACAACUGCUCCCAAUUCUUCUCUUCUUCUGAAGCAAUGUUUAGGAAAACCCAUGCAAGAAUUAAACUUUAAAACCUUGCAAUAAA